ACGGUAGAGUGAUACGAAGGAAAAUUUUAUUUUUUCAUAUGAUUUCAUAGUUCACGCUUUUUUUUAUAUAAAUUUCCCUGUAUUUGAUUUACUGCACGGGCAACAAAUAAGUUUCACAGAAACGUAUAAUCCUCUUAAAAACAAUUAUGGACAACAAAAUGAACGAUAUGAUCAACAAAAUGGGAGCUGCUAAAGGUCUGAGUUUGGGUGUAAAACUAGUUGCUGGUGUCGGUAUUGCUGCAUACGGUUUUGCCAAUUCCAUGUUCACAGUUGAAGGUGGUCACCGUGCUAUUAUGUUCAACCGUAUUGGUGGUAUACAAAGAGAAGUAUAUCCAGAAGGAUUACAUUUUCGUCUACCAUGGUUCCAAUAUCCUGUAAUUUUCGAUAUUAGAUCAAGGCCUAGAAAGAUUUCUUCUCCUACUGGAUCUAAAGACUUGCAAAUGGUCAACAUUUCUCUCCGUGUCUUAUCUCGCCCAGAUGCCAUAAAAUUACCAGACAUGUACCAACAUUUAGGUAUCGAUUAUGAUGAGAAAGUUUUACCUUCAAUUUGUAAUGAAGUUUUAAAAUCAGUAGUUGCUAAAUAUAAUGCAUCACAACUUAUUACCCAAAGACAACAGGUUUCGCUGCUCAUUAGGAAACAACUUGUCGAUCGUGCUCGUGAUUUUAACAUUAUUCUGGAUGAUGUUUCCAUAACCGAAUUAAGUUUUGGCAAAGAAUAUACAGCAGCUGUAGAGGCAAAACAAGUAGCCCACCAAGAAGCUCAGCGAGCUGUCUUCUUUGUUGAACGUGCCAAACAAGAACGUCAACAAAAGAUUUUGCAGGCUGAAGGAGAAGCGGAAGCAGCAAAAAUGUUAGGAGAAGCUAUUGGUCGAAAUCCAGGUUAUUUGAAACUUCGUAAGAUCAGAGCUGCACAGAAUAUUUCUAGAACGAUUGCCACUUCUCAAAACAGAGUAUACCUUAGUGGAAAUGGUCUCAUGUUGAAUAUUAGUGAUCCCUCAUUUGAUGAACAAAGCGACAAAUUAUUGAAAAGCGGAUCAUUUAACAUAGAAUCAAAUUAUGAAUCAAUUAUUAGUGUUCAAUCCGUUGAAAAUGUUGGCAGUAUUGCAAAAAAAACUGUAGUCGACUUAUUAAGGUAAAAACUGACUAAAAAAGAUGGGAAAAUAAUGUGAUAGAUAACAAUACAAAUUUUUUAUAUUACUUUUCA